CACGGAGCUGGCAGCGCUGGCACCGAGCCGAUGCCACCCACCCCCCCCGGGCUCCUGCUGCUGGCGCUGGUGGUCGCAGGUCCUGCCCUGCCCUGGCAGGGAGCUGCUGCCAAGCCUCAGGCAGUGGAAGGUGCCCUGGGGGGGUCUGUGCUGCUCUGCCCUCUCCUGCCCCCCAACAAGACAGUGAAGGCAGUGGAGUGGAGCUUCUCGGAUGGUUCUGGUGCCAACAUCCUGCUGGCAGAGCUUGGCCCGGGAGGCUUUCACCGUCCAGAGCCCCAGGACAGGUUCCAGGGCAGGCUGGAGCUGGUGGAGAGCCUGGCACUGAGGAUCUGGGCACUGCAGAGGGGGGACACUGGCACCUACCAGGCUCGGGUCAAACUGGUGCCAGCCCUGCUGGAGGAUCACAGCUUCCACCUCUCUGUCCGUGGGCCAGUGCCAGUGCCAAGGAUCCAGCACCAGCUGCUCUCCCUCACCACCCAAGGGUGCAACAUCAGCCUCCGGUGCUGGGUGCCAGCUGACAGCGAUGCCAAGGUCGCCUGGCAGCAGGGGGCACCGUGGGGACAGCUGGGUGAGGACAACCAGACUUUGCACCUGGCUGUGCCCAGCAGUGCCCUCGAUGCCAGCUACACCUGCGUGGCCUGGAACUCCAUCCAGCAGCAGAACAUCUCUGCCCACCUGGGCAGCCUGUGCCAGCCCCUGGGGACAGGUGGCUGGUUCAGGUGGCAUCUGUGCCUGGUGGUGCUGGGCCUGCUCCUGGGCACCCUGCUUGGCAUCUUCUGCCUCUGGAGGAAGAAGAUGAGGAAGAAAAGGCCCAGGGAAGCCAGCAUGGAUGCCCCACAGGAGCUUUCUUAUGCCUUGGUCCAGAGGGCAAACACCUCGGGGACAGCUGAGCUGCCCCACUCCACCACCAUCUACAGCCAGGUUCAGUCCCGUCCCAUGGUGCUCACCUGACCCCCCCAUGGCUGGAUGGGGACCACCGAGGCAAGAGGCAGGAGCAGCCUGGGGGCGAUGGAUGCUCAGCAGGGCCCUGCCCUGUGCCCUCCCUGCGCUAUGGACCCCCAGGCUCCAGAGGCUCCUACAGGGCUCUGCAGGGGCCAUAGGGUCCAUAGGGUCCAUAGGGUUCCAUAGGCUCCUAUAGGCUCCUGCAGGCUCCAGAGGCUCCUAUAGGGCUCUGCAGGGGCCAUAGGGUCCAUGGGGUCCAUAGGGUUC